AUGGAGCUUUAUGUCAAGUGCCAGACUUUUUACCCUGGCUCAAUAACCGACACCGACAUAACAACAAUUUCCGGAGCUUUGAACAAAUGCCAAGUUCUUGAUGGAGUUCUCACUGACAAAGGCUUUGCUAUUAGUGAAUUAGCAGCUGAAAAGGGAGCAGAACACAAUCGGCCUCCGAUGAAAUCUGCCAGUCAGUUCACAGAAGGCCAAUGUGAUGAAAAUUUUAAUAUUGCUUGCCUCAGGAUCCACGUGGAGCGAUGGAUUGGUUAUCUUAGAAACUUUCGGAUUAUAAAUACUGUGUGGCCAUGUGGCAGACUGGACUUGCUUAACAGCGUAUGGAGAUUCUUGGCUCAUAUUCAGGCUAUAUCAACACUUGUGAAACCGAAAGAAAACUGCCCGAAAGCGAUAUAA